AUGUCGGAGCAAUCUCACGACAAGCCACUCCCAGAACUACCAUUAGAACUGGAUCCAGAACUUUUGGAUAUCAAUUCGGCAAUUCAACAAAUUCUUGCACCGUUAGACACUGUUCAAAAAGAGCAUUUAGAUACUAGUGGCCACACUGAUAAAAAAGAGCAUUUAGAUACUAGUGGCCACACUGAUAAAAAAGAGCAAACUGAUCAAAGACAAAAACGAGAUUCAGCCGGCCACAUCGAAUCAGAGCGACGGUACUCGGCAGGCGAUUAUUAUAAUCCCCCUGCAAGUGAACCGGUUCGACGGACACCAUCUUAUUACCAAAAAUACGGCGGCAUUAAAAAUUCCAGUGACAGUAUAAAAGAAGAAUCUGAAUCAAACAUACAUGACUCAUAUCAGUCAAGUCGGCGGCAUGCAUCUGCAUCUCCCAACCUAGGUGAUGUAACAGAAUUAAACGCAAACAUAUAUGACUCAUAUCAAUCACGUCGGCGGCAUGCGUCUGCAUCUCCAUCACCCAACCUAGAUGAUGUAACAGGCUUACAUGCAACACGACAAGAGUUUUCCUCAUCUCCUCGUGAAAGAGGAUUACUUGAAUAUCCGAGCGACAUCAAUUCACAAGCUCGGUCAUCAUCAGAGAGCUCGGAUAACCCCUUGACUAGCAAGCAGUUCUAUCGCACCAAAUCACCGCUUUCAUCCGAUGUCCCGUCACCAAGAUCUAACGAGCACGAUCGAGAUGAAGAAUAUGUGACUCAAGCGUUUCUCGCUUCUAAUAAGAAAAAGGAACACGGCCAUCGAAAGAAACCAGCGGCGACGUAUAGGUCCGUCCGUGUCCCCUCGCGUCCAAAGACAUCAGUUUCAAAUUCGAUGCCUACUGACGAAGAUGACGAAUUUAUCGUCAAUGCCGCACCAGCCGCGGUCGACCAAGUAUCAGAGUCUUUAAAUCGAAAUCGUCGACAGAAAUCUCUCAUCCGACCAGAACGUGCCCGAUACGCUUCACGUGAGAAAUUCUCACGCAAAAUCAAGUACAUUGAUAUAAAAAAUGGUGAAUGUCCGGAUGCAUGGAUAUUAUUUUCCAUAGUUGUAACUUUUUGGGCACCUCCAGCUUGUUUGCAAUGUUGCGGAAUGCGCGACAAACGAGUCCAACAAGCUUGGCGCGAAAAGAUUGCUCUGGUUUUUAUAAUAAUAGUUCUUUGUAUCGUCGUUGGCUUUUUGACGUUUGGCUUUACUCAGACAGUAUGCCGCCAGGAAUCCGGAAACGUUGCCGUGGAUGCGAUACCCGCCUAUGCUGUUACGGUCCUUGGUCGCGUACUUGACGUCGGUUCCUUCGUUCAUCCUGUUAUUCCGGGUAUAGUUCCGACUAGUUAUCUACUUUCCAACCCUCCGGAUGCUGGCCAAAAAGACUUGAGUUUCAUGUUCCAAACGUUGGAUCACAAGAAUUGCGAUGAUGUUUUCACAUUUAAGCAGCCUGGUACAUAUUAUUUCCCGUGUUUGCCAAUCCAAGACCUUGAUAGUACCUCCAAUCUGGCGAACCAUACUCAAGUUGGUUGCCAUACGGAUGAUAGUGCAAGGGUCGCACUAGCUAAACUUCCAUUUCUCGGAACUGUAUUCUUUAGCUGGGACGAGGUUCAUGAUGUAAAUAGAAAUCUUAUUGUAUAUAAUGGCCAUGUGUUGGAUUUGGAUCAUCUCAAAUGGCUGUUGGGAAACUAUGCACAGUCAGACGCUCUCGAUCAGUUACGUCAAUCUGCGACGUUCCAUGGCCGCGACGUAACGUAUGCCUUGUCACAAACAAAAUCAACCAUUAAGCUUGCCAAUUGUUUGGUUAAUACAAUACGUGUCGGUAUUGUCGAUGUGAAUUCACUAGGCUGUGUUAUUACCGACAUUGUGUUAUACGUCAGUUUGGUCUUUAUCGUUGGCGUUGUAUUAGUCCGAUUCAUUUUGGCCAUGUUAUUUGGUUGGGUCCUGAGUUGGAGAUUAGGUAACUUUAAAGAAGUUACAUUCGUAGAAAGAAGAAAGCGUCAAGAAGCGAUAGAGAAAUGGGCAAGUGACCCUAAUUCGACAGUUACCUACAGUAACAAACGUACUGGAUUCCUCAGCACUUCUCGAUUCACACCAAACCAAUCAACCCCUCCAGCCGGCAUAGAUGGUGUUGGCCGUUAUCGUACCCGCCGCAAUACAAACUCGCCUGUUAGCUCGGAAUUUGGUGACGCUCAUCGAUUUUCCCCCGCUAGAAAACGUUCAUCUAGUUCAUUAGCUUCUAGGCCCGAGUCACUCAAAGGAGUACACCUUGGUCAAAGCGAUUCCGAGAUCACCAACCCAGCAAUGCAUUUGUCUAAAGCUACCAAUUCGUUCAAUAAUUCUCCUGAAAUUGACGUUAGGUACAAUUUCCGACUAAUGCAUACCAUCAUGUUGGUAGCAUGUUAUUCAGAAGGAAUUAAUGGUCUGCGUACUACUCUUGACUCUCUUGCCGCGACCGAUUAUCCUCAUAGUCAUAAAUUGAUAUUAUGUAUUGCCGAUGGUCAAAUCACCGGAGAAGGCAAUGACAAGUCAACUCCAGAUAUCCUCUUGUCACUCAUGAAAGACUUUGUUGUCCCCCCUCAUGAAGUAAUUGCGCACUCUUACGUUGCUAUUGCCGAUGGUUCGAAACGCCACAAUAUGGCAAAAGUAUAUGCUGGAUAUUACAAGUAUGACGAUGAGUUUGAUCCGUACGGGAGAAAUCAAGUUCCAAUGAUUACUAUUGCAAAGACGGGCGGACCAGGCGAGGAAGAUGAUCCAAAGUCCGGAAAUCGAGGAAAGAGAGACUCUCAGGUGAUAUUGAUGAGGUUCUUGAAUAACGUUAUAUCUGAUGACCGAAUGACGACUCUUGAAUACGAACUGUUUAAUAUGAUUUGGGCUGUUACUGGAGUUACGCCCGAUGUUUUUGAAGUUGUGCUCAAUGUCGACGCUGAUACUAAAGUGUUUCCUGAUUCGUUAACUAAAAUGGUGGCAUGUAUGGCUAAGGAUCCUAAUAUUGUGGGAUUGUGUGGAGAAACGAAAAUUGCUAACAAGAGUGAUACAUGGGUGACAAUGAUACAAGUUUUCGAAUACUACAUUUCACAUCACAUGCAAAAGGCAUUCGAAUCAAUAUUUGGUGGUGUAACAUGUCUCCCGGGCUGCUUUUCUAUGUAUCGUAUCAAAGCACCCAAAGGGAACGGCUACUGGGUACCCAUCCUAGCCAAUUCAGAUAUUGUCGAUCAAUACGGCGAGAACGUUGUUGACACACUUCACAAGAAAAAUCUCUUGCUCCUCGGUGAAGAUCGCUUUCUUUCUACGUUAAUGUUGCGUACAUUCACCAAGCGUAAAAUGAUGUUUGUGCCCCAGGCAGUAUGCAAGACCAUUGUACCGGAUUCGUUCACCGUGCUCAAGUCACAACGUCGACGCUGGAUCAAUUCAACUGUACAUAAUUUAUUCGAAUUGGUGUUUAUACCAAAUCUCUGCGGAACUUUUUGCUUUUCUAUGCAAUUUGUAAUAUUUAUGGAAUUGGUCGGAACCACUGUAUUGCCAGCUGCUAUUUGCUUUACUGUAUUCUUGAUUAUAAUAUCGUUCAUCCAAACUCCCAUUCCUCUCAUUCCCUUACUCUUGCUUGCGGCAGUGUUGGGACUCCCUGCUGUGCUUAUAUUAAUGACAACGCGCAAAAUCAUAUACGUGUGUUGGAUGGCUAUCUAUCUAUGUUCGCUACCAAUAUGGAACUUUGUUCUCCCUGUAUAUGCGUUUUGGCAUUUCGAUGACUUUUCUUGGGGUCAAACUAGAGUAGUUAAAGGUGAUGAUGAAGGUGGAGCAUACGGGUGGAAAGAAGGAGAAUUCGACAGUAAGCAUAUAGUAAUGAAACAAUGGAGUGAAUGGGAGAGAGAUAGGUUAUAUAGACUAAGGCAAUUAAACAAGUCAAGUGGAAGCUUUGGGCAAAUGCAGAGAUCAUCGUCAGAUUCAGACACAUACUCAAGACAUUCAGCAUCAGGGGUAACACCGCUUGAACCUGCGCAUGUAUAUACGUCUCGGGGGAGAAGAACGGAUAUGACGCUGCAGGACCCGCCAACCGGACGGACAAGAUCGAGACGAGGUUCAGUGAAAUCGUAUACGGGAUAG